AUGACAAGGCCAAACAUUUCUUUUGAUGUACAACACCUGAGCCAGUUUAUGCAUGCCCCUAAGAAGUCGCACUAUGAUGCAGCCUUACAUGUGGUCAGGUAUAUCAAGAAGCAGCCUGGACUAGGACUCUUAAUGAGCAGCAGAACUUCUGGCAAGAUUACUACAUUUUGUGAUGCUGAUUGGGCAUUUUGCUUAUUGUCUAGGAAGUCAGUAACAGGUUUUGGUAUAAAGUUCGAUGAUUCCUUAGUCUCAUGGAAGUCUAAGAAGCAAAGCACAAUGUCAAAAAGCUCAGCAGAAGCUGAGUAUAGAAGCAUGGCAACAACAGUUGCUGAACUGGUUUGGCUGCAAGGUUUGUUACAAGAAUUGGGUGCCACAGUUGAGUUGCCAAUGGACAUAGAAAGGAUAUUUGAAGGACUGAUAAGAACUGAGUAUGUUGCAAGCAAGGAACAAAUGGCAGAUAUAUUCACCAAGGCUUUAGGGAAGCAGCUCCACAAUGACAUGUUAUUCAAGUUGGGAUUAGUUGACAUUUUCAAGGAUCCAACUUGA